AUGGCGUACAACGACGAUUCGGUGCUGGCGCGUCUGUCAGCAUUGAAUGAGAGCCAUGACAGCAUUGCAACAGCAGCCCAAUGGAUAAUGUUUCAUAGACGGCACGCAGAUCGCACGGUGGCGCUCUGGAUGCAGCGACUGAAAGAUUCAUCUAGCACGAAACGACUGAGCCUGGUUUACCUCGCGAACGAGGUUGCGCAGCAGUCUAGAAUCCGCCAUAAGGAGGACUUUAUCAUCGCCUUCUCCCCGGUUAUAGCAGAAGCAGCCGCAGUAGCCUACAAAGGAGCGCCAGCUGAGAUUCAGGGCAAACUGCGACGUGUCAUUGACGUCUGGAAAGACAGAGCUAUUUUCGAGGCACCGAUUCAGGCUGCUAUAGAGUCGCGUCUAAGUGGAACAGAGUUGGAUAAAGCUCGCGGAUCCGUUAAGCCCGGAUUCGGAGGUUCCCCAUUUGGAUCAUCUGCUGCUGCCUCUGUGCCUUCAGAAUUCACGCCCCUUGUGUCUGCUCAUCAGACGGUCACCAAGCUGAGCGUGCCAUUAAAGACGACCAUCGCUUCCGCAAACCAAGAGUACGAAAAACAAGUCGAUCCCACAGUACCCGCCCCGUCGGCGCCUGUCUACGCGGCUCGCCUCAAUGGGUUGCUCAAGACACUUGCGAGCGCUGAGAGUGCGGUAGCUGAGUGCGUCAAGGCUCGAGAGAGUUUAAUCUCGGGACUGGAAAAGAUGCUGGACUCAAACAGAGCGGCCUUGGAAAAUGAAAAGAAUGCAGCUUCCGAGCUGUCGGGCCGCAAACGAGAGAUUGAAGAUAAGAAGCAGCAGGUUGAGGUGGCUAUCAUGAGAGCACUCGGACCUGCAGAUAGCAACGGAGCACAUGCAGAAGGGGAAUCUGGGGGCCCUCCCGCUGAGCUUGAUCGGCCAGAGAUGGAGGCUCUAACACCGCCAGGCAUGGACGAUGACUUUGAGGACACUAGACCAGAGAGCAUCGGCUAUGACGAAGACGAAGACGUCAAGCCCUUGGAGGACGUCCCAGCAACUGAACUUUCCUCCGCCAAGGCCUCAACAUACACUCAGUCGCUCCCCAUAUCAACCAACGGGUCCAAUAAAAGGCGACGAGUGGACGACGGCGACUUUCCCGACCUCGGAAACGAUGGCGAAAUAGAUGCCGAAGUUGCAGAUAUGCUGAAGGAAGGCGGUGACAUUUGA